UUGACUAAAAUUAGUGAAAUAAAUUGUUUCGAAACAUAAAGAAAUUAAUUUAUAUAUUGAAAAUAAUUCAAUUUUUUUUUCUCAAAAAGUAAAAUUUGAAAACAAUAGUAUAUAAUGUGAUUUAACGAGAAAAGUUAUGUUUAAAAUUAUUAUUUUAUCUUACAUGAAUUUAAUUAGUCGAAUUAUUAUUACUAUUUUCAAUGUAUUUGGUCAAUAUGUUACGAAUGCAUAGUGAAUAUAAUGAGGAGUAAAAUGCCACCAUUUCGAAGGAAAAAAUCUGGAAAAUCUUUUCCUGUUAAAGUCUGUACAUUGGAUGCUGAAUUGGAAUUUAGUUUAGAGUGGAGAUCAACAGGAAGAGAUCUUUUUGAUUUAGUUUGUCGUACGAUAGGAUUAAGAGAAACAUGGUACUUUGGACUUCAAUAUGAAGAUGCUAAAGGAUUUAUAUCUUGGUUAAAAUUGGAUAAAAAAGUACAAGAUCAAUGUAUUUCUCAACAACCUACAACACCUUUUAUGUUUUUGGCAAAGUUUUAUCCAGAAGAUGUUGCUGAAGAAUUGGUGCAAGAAGUAACCCAACAUUUAUUUUUUCUACAAGUGAAACAAGCUAUUCUUUCAAUGGAUAUUUAUUGUCCACCAGAAGCAUCUGUAUUAUUAGCUUCUUAUGCAGUACAAGCAAAGUAUGGAGACUAUGAUGAAGUUUCAUACCGUCCAGGAAUGCUUGCUAGCGAAGAUUUAUUACCACAAAGAGUUAUUGAUCAAUAUCAGAUGACACCUGAAAUGUGGGAGGAUAGGAUAAAAAUUUGGUAUGCUGAUCAUCGUGGGAUGUCCAGAGAUGAAGCAGAAAUGGAAUAUCUGAAAAUUGCUCAAGAUCUUGAUAUGUAUGGUGUAAAUUAUUUCCCUAUUAGUAAUAAAAAAGAGACUGAUCUUUGGUUGGGAGUCACAGCCUUGGGAUUAAAUAUUUAUGAAAAGGAGAACAAAUUGGCGCCAAAAACAACAUUCACAUGGUCGGAAAUACGACAUAUCAGUUUUGAUGACAAGAAGUUCGUAAUAAAACCAGUGGAGAAAACAUCGCCGAACUUCGUGUUCUUCUCGCAGAAAGUUAGGAUGAAUAAACUGGUAAAAAAACAAUCAGAUGUUGGCAGCUGGGUGAAGGGUUUGAUAGCUUUAGGGUUCGACGAACAAAACAAUGACAAAGCUGCUCACAUAUUAUUUGUUAAGAUUCUGGACCUGUGUAUUGGCAACCACGAUCUGUUUAUGAGAAGACGCAAGCCUGAUUCCAUGGAAGUGCAGCAAAUGAAAGCACAAGCCAAAGAAGAAAAAUCAAGGAGACAAAUUGAAAGGAAUAAAUUGGCACGAGAAAAACAACUCAGAGAAGCAGCAGAAAGAGAAAAGGCUGCUAUGGAACAACGACUUUUACAAUAUCAAGAAGAAAUUCGUUUAGCAAAUGAAGCACUUAGAAGAUCUGAGGAAACUGCAGAUCUAUUAGCUGAGAAAAGUCGCGUAGCCGAAGAGGAAGCAAUGCUAUUAAGUCAGAAAGCUUCAGAAGCGGAACAAGAAAUUACACGUAUACGAUUAAACAAUAUGAAAACAGAGGAGGAAAAAGUUCAUCUUGAACGAAAGACUAGGGAAGCAGAAUUGUUGACAGAAAGACUGGUACAAGAAUCUGAACGAAGAGCUGCUGAAGCAGAAAAAUUAAAAGAUGAAUUAUUACGUGCACGUAUUGCUGAGAAGGAAGCAAAGGAAAAAUUAUUAGAAUUUCUUAGUAGAAAUGCUUAUACUGCUACUAUAACUCCUGUGCCAAACAUAUUUCCAUCAACGCAAGUACUUCCAUCAGAUUUGCAAGCAGAUCUUCAAACACUGCAAUUGGAUACAGAACCUUUGCCAACUGACCUCACUUCUUACGAUCUGAUUGCCGAUGGAGAUGUCGAUCAGUUGUCUUUAGAAAUUGAGAAAGAAAGAGUUGAUUACUGGGAAAAAAGUAAACAUUUACAGGAACAACUUAGAGAAUUACGCACAGAAAUUGAAGUUAUGAAAGUUGGAGAAAAACAGUGCGAAUUGGACCAAUUACACGAAGAACAAGUGCGACUCGGUGAGAAUAAGUACAGUACAUUAAAGAAAGUAAAAUCUGGAUCCACCAAAGCCAGAGUUGCAUUCUUUGAAGAGUUGUAGUUGAUGUGUUCCUAAGAGAUCAAAAAAUUGAUGAACUCUAUGAAGAGAAGUUGAAAUGAAUAUGCAAUGAAAUGAAUCUGAUGAAUCUGAAUCUCGUAAACACGUACGUAUGUAUACGUUCUAGAAUACUAAAACGUACGCUUUUUGUUGUAUUUUAGUAGUAGUUUUGUUAAUAUCCCAAUAUUUACGAUAUCAUAUAAUUAGUAAAUCAUACUCAUACAGUAAAUUGUCUUUUGAAUUUAUAUUGUUUUUAUUCUAUGUAUUUUUGCCUAUUUUGUUAUAUUAAUUUUCAAUUUUAAAUGUUUUAGAC